UCUACACGUGCUACCGUUGGGAGAAGUCAAAAUGUCUGUGAGACGAAUGCCUGUUCUCUUCAUCGGUCAUGGUAGUCCGAUGAAUGCAUUGGAAGAAAACGUGUAUACCAAGCUAUGGCGUCAAUUGGGACAAAUGUUACCACGUCCAAAGGCAAUUCUGGUGAUUUCUGCCCAUUGGUACAUUGGACGUACAGCCGUUACGGCAAUGGAAAAACCACGUACCAUUCAUGAUUUUGGUGGAUUUCCACAGGCACUCUUUGAUGCCCAAUACAAUGCACCCGGCGCACCGCAAUUGGCGCAAAAAGUGGCUGACUUAUUGGCACCGGUGUCGGUGACAUUAGACAAAGAUUGGGGUCUCGAUCAUGGCGCAUGGAGUGUACUAAUCCAAAUGUAUCCAAAUGCUGAUAUACCCGUGGUUCAAUUGAGCAUUGACGCCAGCAAAUCACCACUUGAACACUAUGAAUUGGGCCAAAAACUUAACGCCUUACGCGAUCAGGACAUAUUAAUUGUUGCGAGCGGAAAUGUUGUACAUAAUUUGCGUGCACUUAAAUGGCGUGACGAUUCGGAACCAUAUCCAUGGGCACAAUCGUUUAAUCAAUAUGUGCGUGACAAUGUGAACUGGAAAGGUCCGGCCAAAGAGCAUCCAUUGGUUAAUUUUAUGAAACAUGAAGGGGCCAAACUUUCAAGCCCAACGCCAGAACACUAUUUACCGAUAUUGUAUGCGCUCGGUACUCGCCAGGACGAUGAUCCCGUUUCCCUUCUCAUUGAUGGCAAUUUGAUGGGAUCGUUGAGCAUGUUGUCGGUGAAAAUUGGUUAAUAGCAUUUUACGCCGGAUAAAUAAUAUCGGUCAUGAUUUCGUUUUUCUAUUUUUUUCCCAACAUUUUUGCAUUAUAUCAGUAGCUUCCAUUAUCGCGUAUUACUAACUUUAGCAUGAUGCCACUUUCAUAAAAAUGUUUACACAUUUUUUUCUAUUUGAACACCCCAAUGGUCAGACGUUAUCAAUCUUUUCAUUUAUCCGGCGUAACUGUUAGCCGAAUUGUUGGCAUCGGAUGACGCUGCUAAUUAAUCAUCACAUGCAAAUGUUCCUUACAUCAGUUCAGUUUUUUGGUUUCGAACAUUCCAGAGCAGCAUUUUCAGUUACCAUUCUCUACACUAGCCUUAACCAAUUUUUGUUGAAGUUUAGACAAUUUGAAAAGUUCCUUAAAUAAAAUGUAUUUAUACAUCAA